GACGGAUGCAGCGAUAUGAUGUCAUGAGUUUAUAGUCGAUUUUGGAGACGAUUUUGCAAAAAUCAGCGGACGUUAUGAUAGCUUAAAGGCAGGAAAUUAUUCCUGCAUGUUUUAGAAAAGCGUAGUUAUGUUGGAUCUCGAAGUUGUCCCCGAAAGAUCGCUGGGGAACGAACAAUGGGAGUUUAUACUCGGAAUGCCCGUUGCACAGUGCGUGCAGAUUCUCAAGCGACAGUGUCGAGUUAUCAAAACUGUACAAGCUAUGUACAGCGAGGCGAAUCCUCUCGCCAUGGAUCUGGUUUUAAACCUGCCAAAUGAUGGAAUAAGACUUGUCUUUGAUCCUGUGACGCAGAGACUAAAGAUAAUUGAAGUGUACAGCAUGAACAAAGUCAAGCUGAAAUACUGUGGAGUGCACUUCAAUUCCCCUCAAGUCCAACCUACAAUUGAACAAAUUGAUAUGUCAUUUGGAGCAACACAUCCAGGAGUCUAUGACCCCAACCAUCAGCUGUUCAUACUGAACUUCAGAGGUCUUUCUUUUUCUUUCCCAAUUGACUCAAAGUUUGAGCCAUACUAUACUCAUGGAUUAGGAUCACUCAAGUUCUCCUCUGGAUCAUCGCCAGUAGUGUCACGAAUGUCCAUUUACCAUGGCAACAGCUUGACAGAUGCAAGGGCACCACCGCUACCUCUUCAGUGUUUCCAUGGCAACUGUUUUGCCGAGAGUAUUGAGAUCAUUAACCAGGAUGGAAAUGUUCUUGGUCUUAAAUGUUUCCUUGUUGCUGAAGGCACCGGUCCUGGUAAGAUUUUAGAGCUUCGAAGAAGAACAUUUGAAAGGAAUGUCAUGUUUGGAGACUCAUGCCAGGAUGUCAUAAGUUCCCUUGGAUCCCCAUGUAAGGUUUUCUACAAGGCAGAAGAUAAGAUGCGGAUUCACUCACCGUCUCCUCACAAACUUGCACAGUCCAAGAGUUCUGAUUAUUUUUUCAAUUACUUCACCCUUGGAGUGGACAUCUUAUUUGACGCGUGCAGUCAUUUGGUGAAGAAGUUUAUUCUGCACACAAACUUUCCUGGGCACUACAACUUCAACAUGUAUCAGCGCUGUGAAUUCAAGAUUGGGAUACAGAGAGACUCCAAAGAUUCUGUUCUUGAUGAAGGGACGCCUUUUGUGUUGACUCCGUGUACCAAGUGGGACAGUGUUCAAGAUUACCUGGGAAAACCAGUGGAGGCGCCUGUUGUAUUAAAUAGAUCUUCCUCCACGAACACAACCAACCCGUUCGGUUCCACCUUCUGCUAUAACCUACAGCACAUGAUAUUCGAGGUGAUGGCUAACAAUCAUUUGGCGUCGGUGACUUUGUAUCCACAUAGCAACAACGCUGACAACCAUCUCGAUUUUGCUAGUUCAGUUUUAUACGGUCAAAUUAGAUUUACAACGGCACCACCGCUACCUCUUCAGUGUUUCCAUGGCAACUGUUUUGCCGAGAGUAUUGAGAUCAUUAACCAGGAUGGAAAUGUUCUUGGUCUUAAAUGUUUCCUUGUUGCUGAAGGCACCGGUCCUGGUAAGAUUUUAGAGCUUCGAAGAAGAACAUUUGAAAGGAAUGUCAUGUUUGGAGACUCAUGCCAGGAUGUCAUAAGUUCCCUUGGAUCCCCAUGUAAGGUUUUCUACAAGGCAGAAGAUAAGAUGCGGAUUCACUCACCGUCUCCUCACAAACUUGCACAGUCCAAGAGUUCUGAUUAUUUUUUCAAUUACUUCACCCUUGGAGUGGACAUCUUAUUUGACGCGUGCAGUCAUUUGGUGAAGAAGUUUAUUCUGCACACAAACUUUCCUGGGCACUACAACUUCAACAUGUAUCAGCGCUGUGAAUUCAAGAUUGGGAUACAGAGAGACUCCAAAGAUUCUGUUCUUGAUGAAGGGACGCCUUUUGUGUUGACUCCGUGUACCAAGUGGGACAGUGUUCAAGAUUACCUGGGAAAACCAGUGGAGGCGCCUGUUGUAUUAAAUAGAUCUUCCUCCACGAACACAACCAACCCGUUCGGUUCCACCUUCUGCUAUAACCUACAGCACAUGAUAUUCGAGGUGAUGGCUAACAAUCAUUUGGCGUCGGUGACUUUGUAUCCACAUAGCAACAACGCUGACAACCAUCUCGUUACAUAAACUUGAAAUUCAUUGGCUUGCUCGGUGAUCACGUGCUCUACACGUGACGUCAGCGUGACGUUGAGAAGCAAAGUAUUUCGUUGGAAAUCUACAACCUCCGUAAUAAGAACAGUGAUUUUUAUUUGUAGUUGUAGUUUCUUUUUGAAAAGAGUAGAAACUGAUUCAUAAACCACCUGUGCUUGGUUUUAAAAAUUAGUGUUAUUAACUUUGGUUGGUGAUAUUUAUUUUCCUCGGGUUUAAUCACUUACGAAAGGGUGAGUUUAUUGGCUUUUAUUUUAUUGGUCUUCAAGUUAUUAGUGAUGGUUACCUCGUGGCGAUAAGUUUCUUGUAUAAAUUGAUGUAAAUUAGUAAUCAUGGUAAAUAACGCCCAUUUCUUAUAAUAAUGUAGAUAAUAUCAUAUUUUAUUAAAGAUGUUAUUAUUGUGUUUGCAAGAUGAUAAACGGAUGAAUUAAAAAAAUAUGAAAUAUGGAGAAAGACAACUGUUGAUUCUUGA